UCAAACCAGCAUUUGGAUUUAAAUCCUUCUUCCCACAUCUACAAGACAUUGCAGUUUUAGGAACCCUUUUCCCACUUGCAAGGAAAUUGUGGCUUAUGGCCCCUGAUGAUGUUACCAUGCCUCUCUCUCUCUCUCUCUCUCUCUCUCUCUCUCUCUCUCUCUCUCUCUCUCUCAUGUUUGGCAUGAAAAAGUGUUUAAAAUUUAUUCACAUGUUUUCCUACUCACAUGUUUUCUAUGGUGAGAAUAUGAACUCCUAAAGGAAUAACUACUUCCCCUAGCUUUUUUUCCUGUCAAAAUUCUUUCGAUUAAUAUGCUUUAACUCACCCUACACUGCUUGUUCUCCAUGAUCUCCAACACCUUUCUUUUGUUAAAGCCUAGCCCCCUUUCCUAUGAACUGCAAACCCCAUCAUGGUAUCUUUCUCCACUCCCAUUUGUUGUUGAUUCCCACAAGAAACAUUUGCCUUCGUCAUUUAUUGUCACUUGUUCUGUUCUUCUGGUGUCAUCACUAUCUUCUAUUCUGGUUCUUCUUUCAUCCUUCCACACCUCUAUAUAAGAGAACUCUCAAGUCCCUAAACUACCAUAUUGUGGGGAUUCCCAAAGCAAUAGAAAUGAAGAUGCUUUUACUAGCUGCCCUCUCAUUGGCUUGUGCUCUUGAGAUUGCCCAGAGUUUCGAUUUCCAUGAAAUCGAACUGGCAACCGAUGAGGGCCUGUGGGAUUUGUACGAGAGGUGGAGGAGCUACCACACGAUUUCUCGCAGUCUUGACGAAAAGCACAAACGCUUCAAUGUGUUCAAGGAGAAUGCUAAGUAUGUCCAUAAUUUCAAUAAGAUGGAUAAGCCGUAUAAAUUGAAACUGAACAAGUUUGCAGACAUGACUAACCAUGAGUUCAGAAGCACUUAUGCGGGCUCAAAGAUAGACCACCACAGGAUGUUCCUGGGGAGUUCACGUGCGAAUGGGAGCUUCAUGUAUGAGAAUGUAAAUAAUAUCCCACCAUCUGUUGAUUGGAGGAAGAAAGGUGCUGUCACCAAUGUCAAGGACCAAGGCCAAUGUGGCAGCUGCUGGGCAUUUUCAACAGUUGUAGCGGCUGAGGGCAUUAAUCAAAUUAAAACACAAAAGCUAAUUUCUUUGUCAGAGCAGGAGUUGGUUGAUUGUGACACAGCAGAAAAUGAAGGAUGCAAUGGAGGGAUGAUGGAUUAUGCAUUCGAGUUUAUCAAGCAGAAGGGGGGCAUAACCUCAGAGGAGAUUUACCCAUACAAAGCCGAAGAUGGGACCUGUGAUACAGCGAAGGAGAAUUCUCCAGUAGUAUCAAUUGAUGGGUAUGAGAAGGUACCUGCCAACAAUGAAAAUGCACUGUUGAAGGCUGCUGCAAACCAGCCUAUCUCUGUUGCCAUAGAUGCUGGGGGUUUUGAUUUCCAGUUCUACUCAGAGGGUGUCUUUACUGGAGAUUGCGGCACAGAGCUGGAUCAUGGAGUGGCAAUCGUGGGCUACGGAGCAACCAUUGAUGGAACUAAAUACUGGAUUGUGAAGAACUCGUGGGGAGCUGAAUGGGGAGAGAAGGGCUACAUAAGGAUGCAGCGUGGAAUUACUGCUAAGAAGGGACUCUGUGGCAUAGCAAUGGAGGCCUCAUAUCCUAUCAAGACCACCGCAACUAACUCUAUAGGACCUUCAUCCUCCCCCAAGGAUGAACUCUAGACCAUAGUCACCAUUUAUUAGAGCUUUGCUCUCAAUUGCAACUAUUAUUCACCAUGUACAAGUUGCAUGUCUCAUUUAAGUUAGUUCGUCACUUUGUCUCACAAAAUUAUACUGCAAUCAGUAAAUGUAUCCACUAUGAUCUAUUUGGUGUGUAAAUACAAAAUAAACUUUUACCCAA